AUGGCAUCUGGUGCAGAAGCUCUCCUCGCCCUUACGGGUAAACGUACCACCGGUCAAAGCAUUCGAACUCAGAAUGAAGCUCUCCUCGCCCUUACGGGUAAACGUACCACCGGUCAAAGCAUUCGAACUCAGAAUGUGAUGGCCGCUGUGGCCAUCGCAAACAUCGUGAAGUCCUCUCUGGGCCCCGUUGGACUUGACAAGAUGCUUGUCGAUGAUGUUGGAGAUGUUAUUGUAACAAAUGAUGGUGCUACCAUUCUCAAACAGCUUGAAGUGGAGCAUCCUGCAGGCAAGGUCCUCGUCGAGCUAGCGCAGCUUCAGGACGAUGAGGUUGAGAUGCACCUUUCGUUAUUCUCAUUGCCGCUGAUGUUGUUGAAAAUCAGGCUGAGAGAUUUUCAAAAGCAAACUUCAUCGAAACCAAUCAUCAUGGAAAAUUUGUCAUUCUCUGUAGACGAACUGGGUCGCCAGUCACUCAUCGAAGCUGCGAAAACCUCUAUGAGCAGCAAAAUCAUUGGAGCAGACUCUGACUAUUUCGCCUCUCUUUGCGUCGAUGCGGCCGAAGCAGUAAAGGUGACAGAUUCGACAGGCAAGGUCACCUAUCCAAUUGCUGCCGUUAAUGUAUUGAAAGCUCACGGAAAGAGUGCUCGUGAAUCGAUGCUCAUCAAGGGAUACGCUUUGAAUUGUACGGUGGCCAGCCAAGCAAUGCCGCUCCUCGUUCCAAAUGCGAAGAUUGCUUGUCUUGAUUUCUCGUUACAAAAGGCUAAAAUGCACCUUGGAAUCUCUGUUAUUGUAGAGACUCCGGAAAAACUGGAGGCCAUUCGUCGAGAGGAGUAUGACAUCACAAAACGCAGAAUCGAAAAAAUUUUGAAAUCAGGAGCAAAUGUUGUUCUUACUACUGGAGGAAUCGAUGAUCUCUGCUUGAAACAGUUCGUUGAAGCGGGUGCAAUGGCAGUGCGGCGAUGUAAAAAGACGGACUUGAAGCGAAUUGCCAAAGCCACUGGAGCAACUCUGGUGGGCUCCCUGGCGAACUUGGAAGGAGAAGAAACCUUCGAUGCGUCUCUUCUUGGUCAUGCAGAGGAAGUGGUUCAGGAACGAAUCAGUGAUGAUGAACUAAUUUUCGUAAAGGGCCCCAAAGCUCCAACUCUGGUGGGCUCCCUGGCGAACUUGGAAGGAGAAGAAACCUUCGAUGCGUCUCUUCUUGGUCAUGCAGAGGAAGUGGUUCAGGAACGAAUCAGUGAUGAUGAACUAAUUUUCGUAAAGGGCCCCAAAGCUCGUACUGCUAGCUCAAUCAUUUUGAGAGGAGCCAAUGAUGUGAUGCUUGAUGAAAUGGAGCGAUCAGUUCAUGAUGCACUUUCUGUUGUCCGACGAGCUCUAGAGAGUCGCCGCUUGGUCGCAGGUGGCGGUGCUGUGGAAGCUGCCUUGAACGUAUGGCUGGAAGCAUUUGCAACCACAUUGUCUUCUCGCGAGCAGCUUGCUGUUGCUGAAUUUGCACAAGCACUACUGGUCAUUCCCAAAACAUUGUCUGCCAAUGCUGCGAAAGACUCAACAGAACUCGUAGCCAAACUUCGUGCUUUCCAUCAUAAGGCACAAACAAAUGCACAGUUGCAACAUCUUAAAUGGGCCGGUCUUGACCUGGAAGCUGGCGAUAUUCGUGACAAUCGCGUUGCCGGUGUUAUAGAACCACUUAUGAGCAAGGUGAAGUCUCUCAAAUUUGCGACAGAAGCAGCCAUCACUAUUCUGCGCAUCGACGACCUAAUUAAGCUGGACAAGCCGGAACCGCGUCGGGAUGACGAUGAGUGUGGAGCGUGA